AUGGACGGGCAUUUGGAGGAGCAGAUUGAGUUUGAUCCGAGCGCUUUGAAUGAGGACGAACCAGCCCUAGGAAAAGAUGCGCAGAGCUAUACUGCAUCAUUGAAAUCAAGUAUCCUCGAUUACACAUACGAGAACGGACGACGAUAUCACGCCGAAAUAACAGGCAGAUCGUACUGGCUCCCCAACGAUGAAUCCGAACUCGAUCGUCUCGAUAUAUGCCACCACAUAAUCGUUCGCCGCUGCGGCGACAAACUGCACCUCGCACCCAUUGACCCGCGAACAACCCACCGCAUUCUCGACAUUGGCACCGGAACCGGAGUCUGGGCCAUGGAGAUGGCUGACCAGUUCCCCAACGCUCAGAUCCUCGGGAACGACCUGAGCCCCGUGCAGCCAAGUUUCGUCCCUCCCAACGUGCGCUUCGAAAUCGACGACGUCGAAGCCGACUGGCUGCACAGCGCGCCCUUCGACUUCAUCCACAGCCGCUUCAUGGCCGGCGCCAUCAAGAAUUGGCCGCGGCUGAUGCGGCAGGCGCACGCCAGCACGGCUCCCGGCGGCUGGGUCGAGUUCCAGGACUUCGACAUGCGCUUCUACACCAACGGCGGCGAGUACCAGCCCAGCUCGUCGCCGCUCGACGUGUGGUGCACCGAGCUCAUCGAGGGCAUCAAGUCGCUCGGCAUGGACCCGGAGCCCGGCCCCAGCCUCGAGCGCUGGGUUGAGGACGCUGGGUUUGUGAAUGUUACCCACAAGCUGCUGCCAAUCCCGACGGGAACGUGGCCGAAGGAUAAGACUAUGAAGGAGAUUGGCGCGUUCGAUCUGAUGCAGUUCCUCGAGGGGUUUGAGGGGUUGUCGUUGAGGCCGUUUACGACGCUGAGGGGGUGGAAGUAUGAGGAGGUUCUCGUUUUCUUGGCGAAGGUGCGCCAGGAGCUGAAGAAUCCGGCGCUGAGGCUUCAACAUAAUCUGCACGUUGUAUACGCGCAGAAGCCGCUCCAAUGA